AAAACGCACUAUAUUUUGUUGAAGUGUCAAGCGACGCGACAGCGAUUUGCAAACAAACAAUUUGAAAAAUAAAUAUAACUUUCAGUUAAACAAUGACAAAGUCUUGAACAAAUAUGUGAAAAGUCUACUAAAAGUGUUAAACUAUCUAAAUACAGUAUCGUAAGGAGUUAAGUUAGUUAUUAACAACAUAACCUAAAAGUCAGUGGCAAUGUUUUCGAUUUGCCGGCAAACGCACCCUGCUACGGGCAUUGAGCAUGCCGUCAGCUGUUGUUUCUUUAAUAAUGAAGAUACCUGUUUGGUUACGGCUGGCGCUAAUAUCAUUAAGGUAUUCAGGCUGUUGCCUGAAGGCCACACGAAGGAGGUUAACGCCGCUGGCCAGCCCAUCCCUCCAAAAAUGAAGUUAGAAUGCCUCGCAACAUACACAUUAUGGGGCAAUGUGAUGUCCAUGGCGUCUGUCCGAUGUCCAAGUGCAGGCCGAGAUCUGUUACUGGUGUCAUUCAAGGAGGCAAAGCUCUCAGUGUUGCAGUAUGAUGUACAGACUGACAAUCUUAUUACCCUAAGCAUGCAUUAUUUUGAAGAGGACGAUAUGAAGGGUGGCUGGACAACACACCCUCACAUACCUUGGAUCAGGGUGGACCCUGAGUGCCGCUGUGCAGUCAUGCUACUGUACGGUAAAAAGCUAGCAGUAUUACCAUUUAGGAAGGAUAUCACAUCUGAGGAAGGAGAUCCUCUGGAAGCCAAACCACUUGAUAGUAAGAAAACUCAACCCACACAACCAAUCAACCGCGCACCAACCCUAGCCUCAUACGUCAUAGUAUUAAAAGAUCUAGAUGAGAAAAUAGACAACAUUCUAGACAUACAGUUCUUGCAUGGAUAUUAUGAACCGACACUCUUGAUAUUAUAUGAACCAGUCAGGACAUUUGCAGGACGCACGGCGGUCCGCAACGACACGUGCGCGAUGUGCGGCGUGAGCCUGAACAUGUCCGCGCGCGUGCACCCCGUCAUCUGGGCCACCGCGCACCUGCCCUUCGACUGCCUGAGGGCAGUGCCCGUGCAGAAGCCGCUCGGUGGCUGUCUUAUAAUGGCUGUGAACUCACUAAUCUAUCUGAACCAGUCGGUACCACCGUAUGGAGUCUCCCUCAACAGUAUUGCGACGCACACAACCAAUUUUCCACUCAGGAUCCAGGAGGGCGUGUGCAUCACGCUGGACGGGUCGUGCGUGGCGCCGCUGGGCGAGGGCCGGCUGGCGCUGUCGCUGCGCGGCGGCCAGCUGUACGUGCUGACGCUGCUGGCCGACUCCGUGCGCACCGUGCGCAGCUUCCACCUGGACCGCGCCGCCGCCUCCGUGCUCACUACCUGCAUGUGUGUAAUAGAAGAAGACUUCUUAUUCCUGGGUUCCCGUCUCGGCAACUCUCUGCUCCUAAGAGUGACAGAGAGAGAAAAUAGAAUGCUGUUCUCUGUGGACAAGCCGCUUGAGGCUACUGUCGAUCUGACAGUCACGGAAGCUGAACAACAACAACAGCAACAACAGCAGCAACAACAACAACAACUGCAGAGCUCGGACCCGAGCGCUAAGAAGCGUCGCCUGGACACGAUCAGCGACUGCGUGGCCACCAACGUCAUCGAGAUCAGCGACAAGGACGAGCUCGAGGUCUACGGCUCCGACAUCAGGACCUCCACGCAGCUCACCAGCUAUGUGUUCGAGGUAUGCGAUUCCCUCCUAAACAUCUGUCCCAUCGGCGACGUGUCGAUGGGCGAGCCGCAGCUGCUCUCCGAGGAGUACAGCCGGCAGCAGGACAGCCCCAUCAUCGAGCUGGUCGUGUGCAGCGGCCGCGGGAAGAACGGAGCUCUCACUGUGUUGCAGCGGUCUGUGAGACCGCAACUUAUCACGUCGUUUAAUUUACCUGGCUGUAUAGACAUGUGGUCCGUGCUGGGCGAGAGCACGGAGGGUGCGAGGGAGACGGAAGGCAUGCACGCGUAUCUCAUACUCACUCAGGAAGACGGCAGCAUGAUAUUGCAGACUGGCCAGGAGAUCAACGAGGUGGACAACUCCGGUUUCAUGACGGGCUCGCCGACUAUCUUCGCGGGCAACCUCGGGAACAACAAGUUUAUGGUGCAAGUCACCACAACAGGGAUACGACUUAUCAAAGGCGGCGCGCAGCUGCAGUCCAUCCAGCUGGAGUGGGCGGCGGCGUACGCGGCGGCGGCCGACCCCUACCUGUGCGUGGUGUCGGCGUGCGGCCGCGUGCUGGUGCUGGCGCUGCGCGAGUUCCGCGGCAAGGACGGCGCCUCGUCAGGGCGUCUGGCCCCGACGCGGCAGUCGGUCCCGCACCGGCCCGCAAUACUCCGCGCUACCGUGUACCGCGAUCUCAGCGGACUGUUCACACCGCCCGAUGCUGAUAAUACACAGGUCAAAGGCGAGUUCAGUGGUAAGAUGAAAGGCAAGAACGUGAAAGCAGAAGGCUUCAAGCCGGGAGCCGUGUACGAGCUCAACGAUGAGGAUGAAUUACUGUACGGUGGAGACCAGACCCCAGCGUCUAUGGCUAGCAUAAUGUUAGCAGAACAGUCCAAAAACCCGGGAGUACCCCGGCGUAUAUCCCGCUGGUGGAAGAAGUACCUGGUUGACGUGAAGGCGACCUACUGGUUGUUCGUACUGCGCCUCAACGGCAACCUCGAGAUCUACUCGCUGCCGGAGAUGAGGCUCAACUUCCUCGUGAGGGACGCCUGCGCGGGGAACAGGAUCCUGGCGGACAGCCUGGAGUCGGUCCCGCUGCCGAGCGGCGGCGUGGACGAGGACGAGUUCAACAGCGGCGGCGCCAGCCCCGACGCCGAGCGCUGUCGCGAGCUGCUGGUGGUGGGCGUGGGCCACAAGGGGACCCGCGUGCUCAUGCUCAUGCGCUGCGACGACCAGCUCAUGAUAUACCAGGCAUACAAGUACCCUCGCGGUAACCUGAAGCUCCGCUGGUCCCGCGCGCGCGUAUCGUUUCCGUUCGGUUACGAGCCCACACCGCCCUCCAGUGACGACUCUUAUGAAACGGCUAUGCUGAAGGCUAAUGUCAGGCAGUGCCGGUAUUUUGGCAACGUGGGCGGCUACAACGGCGUGUUCGUGUGCGGGCUGCGGCCCUACUGGGUGAUGGUCUCCGCGCGCGGCGAGCUGCGCCUGCACCCGCUGUGCGCGGAGGAGGCGCCCGCGCCCACCUUCGCGCCCUUCAACAACACCAACUGUCCGCAGGGCUUCCUCUACUUCAACUCCAAGGGUUCCCUUCGCAUCAGCGCUCUAGCCCCGCACUUAUCAUACGACGCGUGGUGGCCAGUCCGCAAGGUCCCGCUGCGAGUGACCCCGCACUUCGUGACCUUUCACCUUGAGUCCAAGACCUACUGCCUCGUGGCCUCCACGCAGCCCCCCACUACAGAGUACUACAAGUUUAACGGAGAAGAUAAGGAGAAGGCCAAUGAGAAUAAGGGGGAUAGGUUCCCGUACCCGUUACAAGACAGGUUCUUCGUGACGCUGUUCUCGCCCGUCUCGUGGGAGAUCAUCCCCAACACGCGCAUCGAGCUCGACGAGUGGGAACAUGUCACCUGUCUCAAGAACGUGUCUCUCUCUUACGAGGGUACCAGAUCUGGACUUCGAGGUUACAUAGCAAUAGGAACAAAUUAUAACUACAGUGAAGAUAUUACUUCUAGAGGAAGGAUCAUAAUCUACGACAUUAUCGACGUGGUCCCCGAGCCUGGUCAGCCGCUCACCAAGAACAGGUUCAAGGAACUGUACGCCAAGGAACAGAAGGGACCUGUCACUGCGCUCACGCAGGUGCUCGGGUACCUCAUAUCAGCUGUGGGGCAGAAGAUCUACAUCUGGCAGCUGAAGGACAACGACUUGGUGGGCGUGGCGUUCAUCGACACGCAGAUCUACGUGCACAAGAUGCUGUCGGUGAAGAACCUGGUGCUGGUGGCCGACGUGUACAAGUCCAUCUCGCUGCUGCGCUACCAGCACCAGCACAGGACGCUCAGCCUCGUGUCGCGGGACCUGCGGACCGCGCAGAUCUACGACAUGGAGUUCAUGGUAGACAACACGACGCUCGGGUUCCUGGUGAGCGAGUCGGAGGGCAACCUCGCGCUGUUCAUGUACCAGCCGCAGGCGAGGGAGAGCUAUGGAGGCCAGCGCCUGAUCCGCAAGAGCGACUACCACGUGGGGCAGCAGGUCAACGCCAUGUUCCGCAUCGCCGCCCGCCCCGCGCACAACGCGCCCGCCGCCGCCGCCAGGAGGCAUGUCACCAUGUUCACGACCCUGGACGGCGGAGUAGGCUACGUACUUCCCAUCUCCGAGAAAAUGUACCGGCGCCUGCUCAUGUUGCAGAACGUCAUGAACAACUACUGCUGUCAUAUCGCAGGGCUCAACCCUAGGGCUUACAGGACGUACAAGACAGCUCGCAAAGCGGCGGGCGGCGGCGCGGCGCGCGGCAUCCUGGACGGGGACCUGGUCGCGCACUACACCAGCAUGCCCAACGCUGAGAAACUAGACAUUGCUAAGAAAAUCGGCACGAGAGUUGAAGAAAUAAUGUCUGAUUUGAACGAGAUAGACAGACUGACCGCGCACUUCUAAAUGUAAGUAUAGCUAAGCCAAGUAGCUGGUAACGUGUACAUAUAAGAAUAAACAUUUCAUUUUAUAA